ACCUUCAUCUCAACUUAACAAGCUGCAAGUGAAAGUCUUUAUUGAUUUUCAUAAAGGGAAGUGUUUUAUCAGUGUCAUCCUAAUGGCUCUUGCAAAAUCUCUGUACUUUCUGGUUUUGAUGGGUCUGAUAGUGGGUGUGUAUGGAGAUGGAGAGUGUGGGAAUACCCCUGUGGAAAAAGCAGCCAUAUCAAUGGCACCCUGUGCUCAGGCAGCACAAGACAAGACUGCCCCUGUUUCAUCAAGAUGCUGUGACUCUAUCAAGAAGCUCAGCACUCAAAAGGAAUGCCUCUGUGCUGUCAUGCUCUCUAAAGUUGCACAGCAAGCUGGAAUAAAGCCUGAAAUAGCCAUCACCAUCCCAAAGCGUUGCAACUUUCAGAACAGACCUGUUGGGUACAAGUGUGGAGCUUACACUCUGCCUUGAACAUGGAUGUUUUAUAGAGAAUAAAUGGAGACAGAGAGGAUGAUCAUAGACCUUAUGUUAAUAGCUACUCAAUGGGCUUACAUAGUGUAAAGCCUUUCCUCUAUAUUACUGAUUAUAAAUAAAGAAAAAGCUGCAGAAUGCUUUGGGCCGGGAGAGCCACAUUAAAUUUAGUAAAAAAUUAUUCGCUACUAUACCAUGUAAUAUGCACCUGGAUGCAUGCUUUGUUGGUUCCGUUUCUAUGAGAUUAAGUUGAGUCAUAUGAGAAUGAAUUUGUGGAUUACUGGAAUUAGUAUAUCUAUAACUUUUGUAAUUAAGAUUAUUAAAAUGUUUUCCAUGGCA